CCUAUAAACUGGGUGGGGUGACUAUCUACAAAAACUCAGAAUUUCCCCGAAGCAGCAGCUGCAGCAGCUUCUCCAAGUUGCUGCAACUAGGGCCAGUUUACGGAAUUCAGCCAAGCCAUGCUUGCGCUUACACAGCAUGGUCAGGAAGUUUGGAGAAUGAAGCCCUUCAGUCCUGAGGCUUCCUCAGACCUACCCCGUGCCACUGCAGCCCACCUGCUUUACAUCUACACUCUCUUCCUGAGCUUGCUCAACUUGGUCCAAGGCUCCAGAGGUUCCAUGGUACCCAACAAGCCGUUCAUCACUAUUUGGAAUGGGGACACUUACGACUGCCUGAAGAGUUAUGGAGUGGAUGUGGAUGUCAGUGUGUUUGAUGUGAUUGCCAACAAGGAGCAGAUAUUCCAAGGCCCUAACAUGACUAUUUUCUACAGCUGGCAGCUGGGCACCUACCCCUACUAUACAUCCACCGGGGAACCCAUAUUUGGUGGCCUGCCCCAGAAUGCCAGCCUGGUUACCCACCUCACUCGUGCAUUCCAGGACUUCAAGGCUGCCAUACCUGAACCUGACUUCUCAGGACUGGCAGUCAUUGAUUGGGAGGCAUGGCGCCCACGAUGGGCCUUUAACUGGGACAGCAAGGACAUUUAUCGGCAGCGCUCAAUGGCACUGGUCCAGGCAGAGCACCCUGACUGGCCCAAAACUUCAGUGGAGACUGUAGCCCAGGACCAGUUCCAGGAAGCUGCAGAGGCCUGGAUGGCAGGUACCCUCCAGCUGGGGCAGGUACUGCGUCCGCAUGGCCUCUGGGGCUACUAUGGCUUCCCUGACUGCUACAACCAUGACUUUCUAAGUCCCAAUUACACAGGCCAGUGCUCCACAGAAAUCCGUGACCAAAAUGACAAGCUAGAGUGGUUGUGGAACCAGAGCUCUGCCCUCUAUCCCAGUGUCUACUUGCCCGCAGCACUGAUGGGCACAGGGAAGUCACAGCUGUAUGUUCGACACCGUGUGCAAGAGGCAUUCCGUGUAGCCACAGCUUCCAGAGACCCCCAUGUGCCCAUCCUGCCCUACGUCCAGAUCUUCUAUGAAAUGACGGAUCAUCUUGUGUCCCUGGAGGAGCUGGGGCACAGCCUGGGGGAGAGCGCGGCCCAGGGAGCAGCUGGAGUGGUGGUCUGGGUGAGCUCCGAAGAAACAAAAACCAAGGAAUCAUGCCAGGUCAUUAAAGAGUACAUGGACUCCACACUUGGGCCCUUCAUCGUGAACGUGACCGGCGCGGCUCUUCUCUGCAGUGAAGCUCUGUGUUCCAGCCAUGGCCGCUGUGCCCGCCAUCCCAGUUACCCUGAGGCCCUGCUCACCCUCAACCCUGCCAGUUUUUCUAUUCAGCGAACACAUGAUGGCAGGCCCCCAAGCCUCAAGGGUACCCUCUCACUUAAGGAUCAGGCCCAGAUGGCUAUGAAAUUCAAGUGUCGAUGCUACCGUGGAUGGCAUGGAAAGUGGUGUGAGAAGCAGGGUGGUGGCGUUCCGGGCACGGAGGACUUAGAAGGAGGUGCGCCGUCGCCUGCGAAGACUGCUGUGUGUCCUCCGUACUGCUGGGACCAGCGUAGGCAGACCGAGGAAUCGGAGCCAGAGACAGCGAGAUACCGAAACGUGCGCAGGCUGGACGCGGACCAUCCCGGAACUCGGCUUUAACAUGUCAGUAUCACCCUCACUUCUCACACGUUGCCCAUCAAUCCUCCCCACGCCCGUGGUCCCUAAGUCACCAUGUCGCCCCUCAAGUCUUACCAGCGUUGGCCCUUCCCUCCUAGAGCGUGCUGAGCCACACCCACCUAUAAUCAAUCAAAACCCCCACUCCCCCCGGAAGAUCCAUGGCCUGUGUACCACAGAGGGCAGGUGCAGACCCUCUCUGAAUACCCGGAGCUCCGCUCAACCUAUAGUGUUGGGGCCCGCAAUGAAGGAGUUAAGCCGGUCUGGGGAACCCUGGGGUUCUGGGCUAGGGGCGGACCCUGAGGUUCCUCCUUUCAGACCUUAGCAGCCUAGGAGCUGGGAGAAGGUGCUGCUUCUCCUGAACUGACUGAUGCAGGUAAGGGGCUUAAAGCCCGGCGUGUGGGAUUUGUGUGAGGGGUGUGAGAACUGCCCGUCUUCAGGCUCAGAGAAAGUUGGGAAGGGGAAUCUGGAGGCACUUUAUGGAGCAAAUGAGUAGAGUGGGACUCAGCUGCCCACCCACUACAAGAAACCCUCCAGUAUAGCUCCUCCUUCCAGCCGAACCUAAAAUAAGGUGGGUAAACAAUGAGGUUUGAGCAUGGAGGCCUGGGUCCCCAACCUGGUGGCCGUUGGGCACCUGUAGAUUUAGGAAGGAAGCCAUGGUCCUUAUCAGGGUAACUGAAACUCAGGCCAGAGGGCAAGCAGGCUUGCAAAAGCCACAUUCUGUGCUGCGAUGGGCCAGGCUCCGUGCUGAUGCUGUGAGGGCACCAUAUAUAGGGGCAGUUGGGUCCAGGCCCAAGGUGUCCUGAACUGACAGAGUGGGAGAGGAAGGCCAUAAGCUCUGCUUUCUAGGGAAGGCAGGCAGUAGAGGGGGUGAAGGCUGAGCCUGUUUGGGUGGGUACGUGGGUCCCAGGACCCACUUGAUAGCAGGCCUGGCCCGGAAAGCUGCAAAGGCUCAGAGCUAGAGGAGAGCUGACAUGUAGGGAGGAGAGGCAGGGCAACUCCUGGGGGUGGUCUUUCUUCUGAAAAGAAAACUCCAGUAGGAGCAAACUAGAGGUAUGAUGUCUGGCUCACCCUCUGCCAAGGCUAGCCAGCUACAGUCAUGGACUGCUAAAGAUAAGACAGGCUGCUUGGUGUGGUGGUGUGGCGGUGUGGCGGUGUGGCGGUGGCUGACGUCUUCGAUCCUAGGACUUGGGAGGCUGAGGCAGUCGGCUCACUAUUUUGAGGCAAGCAUAGUCUACAUACCCUGGAGAGAGACAGAGGUGGGGGAGACCCAUACAAAAGCAAGAUAGUCAACAACUGGGCUAGGUUGAUUAACCCAGUACAGUGAGCUGUUAUAAAGGACAAGUUUGUAGCCAGAACUUCUGGGUUCUACCGCAGCCUCCAGCACUUACCAGUGUUGGGUAGGACUCCUGGAUUCAUUCACCCAUAGGGAUGGGUCUCUUCCAGGACACCUAUACUUUCCAGUGCAUGUAGGACAAAGUUAAGCACAUCAUUCCCCAGUUCCCAGAUGCAUGCCCCCCUUCCAUCCAUUAGUUCUUCCCUGCCCCGACCCUGUCUUCCUGACACAGCCUAGCAUGGCUGUUAUCCACAGGAGGUGAGCCCUUGUAUGAGGAGAUGCCACUGCCUGGAGACCAUAGCCUUCCCCUCCAGCCUGGCAAUGAGCCACCUGAAACCUAACAGGAAGUGACCUUGGCUUCCUGCCUGACUCAGCUGAGCCUGGAUCCUACCUGUAGGCAAGAGUUGACUCUGAGCCCUGGCCCAGCCAAGCUGACCCCUACCUU